AUGUCGACCGAUCUUACAGUCUCUGCAACUGUUGACCUAGAUGAUGAACCAUAUGACUCUGCCGAGGAUGAGGAUUUCCAGCUUGAAGGCGCCCACGAAGAGUCCGACUUAUCCUCUGACGACGAUGCGGCCGAGCCCGCGAAAAAGAAGCGAAAGACCACGAAGAUAACCGAUAUUCCAGAAGAGGAACUUGACUCCGGUGACGAAGUCACAAUUCGAAAAGCACGCGAAAAACGAGAGACAAGGCGGAAGGGCAAGAAAUCCAAGGGCAAGAAUGCAGGCGACGACGAUAUUGACUUGGAUGAUGAGGAAGGCGGCACUGGGGGCUUUGUACGGACUCGAGCCAUGAAGAUGCAGAUACAGGAGGAGCGUAAACCACUGGCCAAGAUCGAUGGUGCAACAAUCGACGUGGACGCUCUAUGGAAGAAAAUGAACACCCCUGGCAGUGAACUAGGCUUAAGACCAAACCAGAUCAAACGUGAUAGUGAGCCGGCUACAGAACAUGACCACGCCGGUGACACGAAUAUGAAAGACCAAAUUGCCCUCGAACCGGAGAACAAACCAGGCAGUACCCACACCCCACAGAUGAUCAAGAUAAAACGCACCUACAAGUUCGCAGGCGAGAUGAUCACGGAGGAGAAGACUGUGCCCAAGGACUCGGCGGAAGCCAAGGCAUUUUUGUCUAGUGGAGAGACCAUCGAAAAUUCUAUCGAGGAUGUCACAGUGUCAAAUCGCAACCUACGUCGCCCCUUGCGCAAAAUGUCCCGAUUCGAUCCCAAUCCAACGGGAGCGAUCAAGAAGAGCUGGGAGAAACAGGCUGCAGAGGCUGGUGAUCAAGCUGCGAGCGGACCGAAAAUCAACACCGUGGAGAAGUCCCGACUCGACUGGGCGCAAUAUGUGGACCAUGCCGGGAUUAGCGACGAACUGCGUGUCCACAGCAAAGCCAAAGAGGGCUAUAUGGGCCGUAUGGACUUCCUGGGUCGCACAGAAGCUAGGAAAGACGAAGAAGCUCGACAGGCUCGUAUCAAGCGCGUGUAA